ACUUACAGUUUAAAGUUUAGUACCAUAAAAAAUAUUUGUCCAUCCUCUUUUUUUAGCGAUCAAAAAUGGCAGAUAUCGACUGGGAAUAUGAAUUAUCUCCAUCCAAAUGGUGCAGAGAUCAAAAGACUGAGGAAGCUGUCAAUAAUUAUAUAAAGAAUUUUGACAAUUUUGGCAAAAUAGUAAAAAGCAGUUUAAAAAAAGAAUUUGCUUAUGGCAAACUUCCAGAACAAAAGAUUUUAAUUUUUCAAGGAGAGAAUUGCCCAGAGGAAGCUCCACUUUUCUGUUUUAUUCAUGGAGGUUAUUGGCAAGCAUUGGACGUUCAAUCCUCAAUAGGAGCCGCCUUAAUUGUAGAUGGUCUUCCAAUAAAAGUUGCAAUUAUUGGCUAUGAGAUUGCUCCCAAGUCGAAUAUGUCCCAAAUCAUCAAUGAUAUUAAACAAGCAACUGAACUUCUACUAAACGUUAGCGAUGAGAACAAAUUUAAAGGUAUAUACUUAUGUGGCCAUAGUGCUGGAGGACAUUUAGCAGCAUUAAUGAUGUCAGCUGAAUUUGGCUCAAAACUAUCCGGAUUUAUUUUACUCAGUGGCAUAUUUGAGCUGAAAAAUAUCAUUAAGACUUCAAUCAACGCCCCUUUGAAUAUGAGCGAGAAAGAUGCAGAAGAGUUUAGUCCAAUAAACAAAGUUGACGAGAUUAAAGUGAAUUUAUCUGUUCCAGUUUACAUUUUGGUAGGCGAAUACGAUCCCAGAGAAUUAAUUCGUCAAAGUAAAGAAUACGGCGAGAAAUUGAUCAAUUACGGUAUGAAGACAGUAAUAAAUCAUAUUAUUCCUGGAAAGGAUCAUUUCAAUUACUUUUAUGAUAUCCAUCAACCUGAACUAUGCAGCAUUAGAAGCUUUGUUAAAAAAUGUAUUCUAGGAUAA